UUCUCUAUUUCUUCUUCCUCUCUAAACUAAUCUCUCUCUAUCUCUCUAAGAACUAAGACAUGUUAGAAAAAGAGAGGAAGAAAAGAUAUGGAAUCUUAAUGUGUGGAGAGGAUUCAGAGUACUUGUUAAAGAGACAUGGAGGUUGUUAUGGUUUCUUCACAAAAAUGUUGGCGGAGGAAGGAGAAACAUGGGACCUAUACAAAGUUGUUAAUGGAGAAUUUCCUCAAGACGAUGAUGUUUGUUUGUACGAUGGUUUUGUCAUCACUGGAAGCUGUCACGAUGCACAUGCCAAUGACCCUUGGAUCCUUAAACUCCUCUCUCUCGUUCACACUUUGAAUUCUUUCAACAAAAAAAUUCUUGGCAUUUGCUUUGGCCAUCAGAUAAUUGGGAGAGCAUUAGGAGGAAAAGUUGUUCGUUCUACAGCUGGUUGGGAUAUUGAUGUCACUACCAUCAACUUGUUACAAUCAUCUUAUUCAAAUAAAUCCCUUAACUUACCAUCAAAACUUUCACUCUUCCAAUGUCAUCGUGAUGAGGUUCGAGAUUUGCCCGAAGAAGUUGAGAUUAUUGGUUGGUCUGAGAAAACUGAAAUUGAGAUGUUUAGAUAUGGAAAUCACAUGUUAGGUAUUCAAGGUCAUCCGGAAUUCACCAUUGACAUAUUAUUUCAUCUUAUUGACCGUCUCACUCAUCGUAAUUUAAUUGAGGAAGCUUUUGCUUUGAACGCAAAAGUAAAAGCAAUGUUACGGAAGCCAGACUCAGAAGCAUGGAAAACACUCUGUCUCACAUUUUUUAAAGGACAAUUAUGAUCUAGUAAUAGCAAAAUUCAAAAUUAUUUUAAUAGUUAUGUAAUUUGUAAUAACAUAUUAAAUUACACUUCAUUGAAGAAGGGCAUGAAGAAGAAAAAUACUAAAUAACUAUGACCAUUGUAUUAAUGUUCUUGUAACACACAAUACAACAAUAAGAGUAAAAUUAAGUUGAAAGAUUCUUUAUCCAGGUUUUUAU